UAUCGUAAUGCGAAUCGUGAAAAAUUGGCGCAGAGCAGGAAUGCCAAUAUGUGAAAUAUUGCAAAUCAAAUCAAAUAAGAAUAUUUGAAACCGCUCUUUUUUGUAACCUCCAGAUUUUCGGGUUUUUAAAUGUUUUAUUGUAGAGUGUCAUGAGUUGUGAGGAAGAUGUUAAGGAGAUGGAGGACGUUCAGGAAGGAAAGAUACAGGCGAUUUCCUCGCAAACUGUGCACAGGAUCUGCUCUGGACAGGUAAUCUUGAGCUUGUCAAUUGCUGUUAAAGAACUGCUGGAGAACUCCAUUGAUGCUGGGGCCACCAAUAUUGAAAUCAAAUUGAAGAACUAUGGGAUGGAUUUGGUUGAGGUCAUUGAUAAUGGCAGUGGUGUGAAUAAGGACAAUUUUGAAGCAUUAACAUUGAAAAGUUACACAUCAAAAAUUCGACAAUUUACCGACUUGGAAUUCGUGAGCACGUUGGGAUUUCGCGGAGAAGCGCUCAGUUCCCUUUGCGCCCUUUCCGAGCUGACGGUAACUACGCGACAUUCCUCCGAUGAUCAUGGUACUAAAAUCAAAUACGAUAAGAACGGUAAAAUUGUGAAAAAGGAACCGGUGGCUCGACAAGUAGGAACCACUGUAUCGCUGGCAAAUCUGUUCACGCCAAUUCCGGUGCGUCGCAAGGAGUUCGUGAAGAAUCACAAAAGGGAAUUUAAUAAGAUGUGCAACUUGCUGUAUGCCUAUUGCCUAGUAAGCACAGGAAUCAAGAUUUCGUGCACGAAUAUUACAUCGAAAGGCAACCAAUGUAACGUAGUUAAUACGCGCGGCUUAUCUUCGGUAAAAGAGAACAUAAUUAGUGUAUUCGGUGCGAAGCAGAUCUCUUCGCUGAUCGAAGUAGAGCUCAUCCAGCCCGACGAAUCUGUGGCAGAGGAAUUCGGUUUAACUAGACUAGCGAAGGAAGAGUCUCCAUUUCAUUUUGAAUUUUUUAUUUCUAGUGUAAUCCACGGGAGCGGGCGCAGCGCGUCCGAUCGGCAGUUUUAUUUCGUAAACUCGCGACCCUGUGAUAUCCCAAAGCUCAUGAAACUUGUCAACGACAUAUAUCGACAAUUCAAUGUCCAUCAGUAUCCAUUCGUUUAUCUGAAUGUGAGACUUAAGAGCAGCUGCGUCGAUGUAAAUGUUACUCCGGACAAGAGGAUGCUCUUCUUGGAGAAAGAGAAGCUACUAUUGGCCACCGUUAAGUCGACGCUCUUGGAAAGCUUCAAGCUCUUUCCUUCGAUGUACAAAAUGGAAUCUUUGAACGAGAGCAAAGUCAGCAAACGCAAUUCGCCCAUGUCAGACAAGAGUUUUAAUUUCUUUCAAAAGAAGCCAAAGUUCGACGAGCCAGGAUGCUCGCGUAAACUGGAUUUGGAGAGCUUCAAGAUGAAUAAUUCCGAGGUGGAAUUAGAAGAUAGCGAUGUAGUAAACAGUGAUGAGGAUACGGAGGCAGGACCUAAAAAUAAACCAAAGUAUUUAGAAAGAAAGUCGACUGCUGGAAAAAGCGCACCACGACAAAUCGAAGAUGAACUAGUGGAAUUAGUAAACAGGUUGGAGUAUGUAGAAGACGCGAUACCUGAACCGAAAAAUGAAAUGGUGAAGCUAGUAAGCAAAUUGCAUGAAGAAGAAUCUGAAAAUAAUAAAAAUGUAUUCGAAACGACAACUAUUGAAGAAAUUACGGUUUCGGAACCUAGAGAUAAACUAGCAGAUUUAGUAAACAUGUUGAACGAAGAAGAUUGCGCACCAGAACCACCAGAUAAUCUAACAAUGUUAGUAAACACGAUGGACGAAGAAAAGGAAGAGGACGAGGCUUCGAAGAGUACCCGUGACAAUACUGAAAUGAAAUUAAGCGUUACAAUCGCCGAAUUCUUCACCACCUACGAAUCCCAUAAAAUGCCUCGCGACAAUACUGUCCAUGUAACUCCCGCAAUAACUGUUAUCCCUUCAGAUGGUCGCGCUACCACCCAGAGGAACAUUUAUCACCAGAACCGCAAAACUGUCUACGUCAACUUGACGAUCGACUACUUGAGGGAUGUUCUGUUUAACGAUCAAAAGAAGGGAGACAAGAGUAAAUUUCCGGACAUCAAGUUCCACUAUGGUAUUGCGCCACAGUACAACGAUAAAGCUGCCAUCGAGCUACAGAGGCACCUUGCUAAAGACCAGUUCGCUAAUAUGACUAUCAUCGGGCAAUUUAAUCAUGCGUUUAUCAUCACCAAGUUAGGAUCAGAUUUGUUCAUCAUCGAUCAACAUGCGUCCGACGAGAAGUUCAACUUUGAGAAUCUCCAGAAAGACUACGUCAUACCUAGUCAGCGACUUAUUUGUCCGAAGAAUUUAGAACUGACGGCAGCCUAUGAGAGUAUUCUAAUGGAUAACCUGGAUGUAUUUAGUAAAAAUGGUUUCGGCUUCAUUAUAGAUGAACAAGCCGAAGCAACGAAGAAAGUGAAAUUAACGAAGAUUCCUCUAAGUAAGUCCGUUAUCUUUGGACCUACUGACAUCGACGAAAUGCUUUACAUGUUACAAGAGGGAUACAGCAAGAAUUGCAGGCCUACGAGAAUUCGCGAAAUGUUUGCAUCUAGAGCUUGCCGCAAAUCUGUGAUGUUCGGAAAAGUGUUGAGUACAUAUGAUAUGCGAUUAAUUGUACAACAUAUGGGCACGAUCGAUCAACCUUGGAAUUGUCCGCACGGUAGACCAACUAUGCGACAUUUAGUCAAUAUAGAUCUAUUAACAAAAAUGGUAUAACUACCCUACCUCUUUUUGUUUU